AUGAACAUAAUAUUUUCUAAGAAAGUCUAAAUAUCAAUCAAGACAGAAUUGCAAGGGUUUGUGACUAAAUAAGUUUAUCUAUUCAGUAUAUUAAUGAGUAUCUCAUAAAUAUUCGAUGAAUUUCAUCACAUGAAAAUUAAAGGAAAAACCAUCCUAAGUGUAUAGAGAGUUAAAAUAACUUUGAUCGGAAAGAUAGGUGAUGCGAUAUCCUUUCAAAAUGAGUCAUUUACACAAAAUUAACGGAUCAUUUUAAAACAACUCUAGAAAAUAAUAACAAAUAAAAAGAUAGAGAAUCAAGAGAAAAAUUAGUUAUUAUCAAUAUAUUUAAACAAAUUUUUGUUAUGGGAAGGAUUUAGAGAAAAGCAUUUCAGACUUAAGACCAAAGAUAUGGUUCAUGUGUCCUUUGAGUUUGAUGUAUGA